GGGGGUUGGUAGAAAAACUAAAAUGGUUUGUGAUAAAACCAAAAAACUCAAAAUUCCCAUCCUUUUGUCAGCUUUUUACUCCACACACGUUAACUUACGGACUAGCACAACUUCCCAUUUCCCACAUAUUUUCAGACUUUUCUCUCCAAUUCCAAUUCCAUUAGCCAAGACAUGUUUUCAGAUUUGAUCUCUCUCUCCCUCUUUCUUAGAUUAGGCAUUCAACUCCGUUUCACUGCUUCAAUGCCGGUGUCGCUGUUCACUGCCACCCAGAUUUGCUAUCACCAGUGUGAGGCCAAGAUGAUGGGAUCCCAAAUCGGUGUGAGGAGUGAGGAGGAGAAUUUCUUUUAUAAAAAAAAUUCACAAUUCUUUUCAAGUACAAUUUUAUUUUUACACAUUUGAUAGAAAUAAUCUCAUCCUAAUUUAGCUUUUAAAAACUCAUUCUUUUGGCUUUCUUAUAAUUUUCUACGAGUAUUUAGCUCAAAUAAAUGGGAUACAGUGUGGACUGAGGCCUCUGCUAACUGCUCUGUGCAGCAGUACUGUUCCGACACACACACGCAAACAAACAAACGGGGAGACAUUGGACAGUCAAAGCAACACAGUACUGUUCCCCCACACACACACAAAAAACAAACGGUUUGGAAUUGGAGAUUUGAAAAGAAAAGAGACUUUUGGGUGAAAGGCUUUGUAGCUCAAAUCUUCAAAAAAAGUUUCAUCUUUCUUUUCUUUGUUUUUGGAAGAGAGAGAGAGAGAUACCCAUCACAUUCACAACUCACAAGACCGCUCGCUCAACACGUUUUGCCCAGCCAAAAGCUUAGUUCAGAGUGCUAUACUACUGUUGGUGCAACACUUUCAAGUUCAACUGAUAUGACUUAUCAAAACCGAAGAUGCCAUGCAGAUGCCCCAUGUGAUCUUACGGAAGGGACACAUUUUUUCCAGAUUAUUCUCCACAAAAAUCUUCGCAAUGGCAGGCUUACCAUUCCAAAAAAAUUUACGAGUAAAUAUGGAGAAAAAUUAUCCAGCUUGGCAAUCCUUACGCUUCCAAAUGGUGCAAAAUGGGAGGUAGGGCUGACCAAACACGAAGGUGAGGUUUGGUUACAAAAGGGCUGGCGAGAAUUUGCCGAGUAUUACUCUCUGAAGCUGGGUUACUUAGUAGUUUUCAGAUAUGAGGAAAAUUCACAUUUUCACGUGCUCAUAUUUGAUCCGAGUGCAACAGAAGUAGACUAUCCUUCCAAAAGCUCCAAUGGUCAUGAGGAGGGUCAGUGUGACGAAGAAGAUACCGAUGAGAGUGAUACUUCUAUUCAAAUCUUACCCAACUCAUGUCCUCUACGCCCAAAGCGAAGGGAUACAUCACUCUUACCACGUGGGAAGAAAAUGAAAACUACUUCUACAAGUGGCAGAAUUAGGAGCCAAAAAUCCGAGCUUCAUGCAAGGAGCGGACAGUUGACUAAGAUAGAAAAAGCUAAAGCUCUUAAGAAAGCUAGUGGCUUCAAAUCGAAAAAUCCUCAUUUCAUGGUUGUCAUGCAACAAUCUUUUGUGACUGCAUGGUACUUGAGUAUACCAGUUCGCUUUACCCAGGAAAAGUAUAUUCAAAGUGGACACUAUGUCACGCUUAAAGUUGGGGAUAAAUCAUGGGAGGUGUUGUUUUCGAUUGCUGUAGGGAAACGAUCAGGUUCAUUUUCUUCUGGAUGGUCUACAUUUGCAGAGGCAAAUAGGCUGCAAUUAGAAGAUGUUUGUGUGUUUGAGCUGAUUAAGAGGAAUAAUGGUGUUGUGCUGGAAGUUUCAAUUUUUAGAGAUGGACUCAGUUAAUUAAUUAAGCAGUUGCUAUUGUAGUGAAUUAUGUUGAGACUAUUUACUUCACUUGUUUGUGCUGAUCUGAAUUAUCUAUAUUAUUUUUUAUACUUAACAGUAUAUUUGGUUGAACUA